CGUCAUGUGACGCCAGAUUUCAGGAUGAUGCUCGUUGCAAAGUCGGACGUCUUCGGCAAACCUACGCGGAUGGCGCGGGAAAUUUUCUCACGCGCGAAAUUGCAUACAUGUGUAAAUAGAUUUGCAACUUUGUGGAAGUUGUGGACUUUUAAAAGAUCGCAUACGAUUAUACAGCAAAAAAUGCCAUCAAAUGUUGAAAUCAAAGCCACGAUUCGAGAUUACGACCAGUUCCGGUCUCUUGCCGAAACUAUAAGCGGACAAAAAGGUGAACUAAUUGUCCAAGAAGACAUAUUUUUUCAUGCACCUAAUGGCAGAUUAAAGCUGCGAAUUUUGCAAGACCGCCCUUCUGAGUUGAUAUCCUACUCCAGAUCGGAUCAGAGUGGGCCGAAGCUCUCUGAAUUUUACAUAACAGAGAUUCCUAAACCAGAGGAUUUGAAGAAAACGCUAGGAACGUCUCUUGGUGUAAAAGGUGUUGUCAAGAAGGAGAGGUUACUAUUCCUUGUGGGGCAGACCAGGAUACACUUGGACAAGGUGGAGAGUUUAGGAUGCUUCAUGGAAUUAGAGGUUGUUUUGCGCGAAAACCAAACAACGAAUGAAGGAUCAGAAGUAGCAAGCGAUUUAAUGAAGAAAUUAAACAUUAACGAGGACGAUUUGAUUACAUGUGCUUAUAUAGAUCUGCUUUGUGGGCGGAAAAAAUAGUUCUUUUUAUGGUGGUCUAUAUUUUCUAUUCAAUUUAAUUAUAUUUGUUUUUAACGAACAACGGUUAACGUUUUAGUUUUAUACGUUUUAUGUCCCGGGGAUAUAUACGUUAAAGUGCCUAUAUCACUUGUGGGAUCUUUACGGAUUUGAAUAGAG